UCUAGUACAAAGCAAGUGUUUACAAAUUGGUGCGAAUUCGAGGUACAGUGUUGGCUACUCGAGGCACAUAACCUCGAAUAUUUUCUUAAUAUAAAUCGUGAAAACUCACAGUAAAUACCUACAAUCUGAGACCGAGCGAGCGUUAGCGAGCGAAGAACGCCGCUAGUACCUAUUACCAAGCUAAAGAUGGAAAACUCAGAAAACGCAGUCAGAAUGAAAGAAGAACCGAAUGACACCUGGUUAAAUGCAGGCACCGAUUAUAAUUUUGAUUCGGCAAAUCAAACGGGUGAGAUUGAAGAGUUACAAGAAAAGUUGGACCAAAAAAUAUUCGUAGAUUUCGAAUGCAAAGAUGUUAAAUCUGAACCGAAAUCUUUUUCGACAAAAAUCUGCAAAACUGAAGAUCCAAGUAAUCCACCAGUUGUGAAAAUAGAAAACCAAAAUCAGACAAAUUAUUUGAAUGCAAUAUUGAUUGAUUUCGAGUGCAAAGAUUUCAAACCUGAACUGAAGUCUUUAUCAAAAACUAACUGCAAAACUGAGUAUCAAAGUUGUCAACCAGUUAUGAAAAUAGAAAACCAAAUUCAAACUUAUCAUACGAAACACGAAAGUGUAGGAACAUAUGAGAGUCAAACUUACAGUGAUUUAUUAGGAUGCCAGAAUAAACUUGAAGAUCAUGUUGAUGUAAUACAAGAUCGUAGCAAACCGUUAAAAUGUGAAGUUUGUCACAAAUCAUUUAAAUUCCAAAGUAAACUAAAAUUACACGUCAAUGCAGCACAUAUCAAACCCUUUAAGUGUGAGAUAUGUAAUAAGGCAUUUGGAGAUCAGUAUCAACUCAAAAGGCACAUGAUGUCGGUACAUAAACAGAACAAACCGUUUGAAUGUGACAUUUGUCAAAAAUCAUUUGGACGAAAAAGUCACCUCACACUUCACAUAAAUGCAGUACAUCUUCGUAGCAAACCGUUCGAUUGUGAGAUUUGUCACAAAUCAUUUGGACAAAUAAGUACCCUCAAACGUCACAUAAAUGCAGUACAUGAUCGUAGCAAACCCUACGAGUGUGAGAUUUGUCACAAAUCAUUUGGACAAAAAGGUGAUCUCAAUAGACAUAUAAGAACAGUACAUGACCGCAGCAAACCCUUUGAAUGUGAUAUUUGCCAUAAAUCAUUUGGAUACCCGAGUGGUCUCAAGAAACACAUAAAUGGAGUACAUGAACGUAUCAAAUCUUUCUAAUUCGAAAUGUGUCACAAAUCAUUAUCAGACAAGGGUAUUCUCAAUAAACACAUGAAUGUAAUACAAACAUGUG